CCUUCCUCUCUCUGAAAUCAAUAAAGAUAUAUUAAAAUAUAUAUAUAUACAGAUUGUCUAAAGAUCUGUUUAGAGGGAAAAGGUGAGGUCAGUUUUGGAUGGGAUGAGUUUCGAAUGCUGGUGAGGCAUUUGAAUGGAAAUGAGAAUAGACUGCUGAAUACUUGAGUCUGGAGAGAGAGAUGGAUCUCCAUCCAUCAGUCAAUUCACCAAGGCUCAAUUCUAGAUUUGUGGGCAGGGAGGUGGCAUGGCCCAGGAGAAUGUGGAGGAGGAGGGAAGAGAGUGCAGGGUAGAAGCCUGACUUAAGGCACGUGGGGGAGCAUCAGGGUGAAUCUGGCCUUCCUUCACAGCCUUGUUCCAGGCUCCCCAUCAAACAUGGCCUCAGAGGGGACUCCCAGCUCUCCACAGGGGUGGGCUGACUUCUCUGUGAAGGCCCAGAUGGUCAGUAUUUUAGUCUACUCAGGUCUCUCACAACUACUCAACUCUGCUGUUCUAGGGGGAAAGCAGCCAUGGAUACUAUGUUGUUAAAAAGUGGGGGUGGCUGUUGUUCCAAUAUAGUUUUAUUUACAAAAACAAGAAGAGGGCUAGAUUUGGCCCUGGGCCAGGUUCGCUUAGUCCUGGCCCAGCUCUUGCCCUACAUAGAGUCAGUUGCGUGGAGGUUGGUCUCUCCAACUAAUUUGUGAACUCCUGUGGAAAGAGACAUACCUUGUCUUAUAUUUUCCUAGGUUCCCUGGUGAUACAGUGCUCAGCGCUUAGUAAGUGUUCACAAGCACAUACUUGUUAACUAGGAUGGCAGUGUGAAAGCUGGAUAGACCCUGGGGUCAUUUGGUCCAUGGUCAUCACAGCAUCGUGCUGCUCGGUCCUUAGAUUCAGUGACAUGCUUAAGGUGGUUUCCAGGCAGAAUGGGGACUAGAACCCAGGCAGGCCUGGCUGUUCGAAGGAAGUUAGUGAUCUUUACUUUCUAAAAGCAGGUUGGCGGCAUAUGCCUUCAAGAAUCACUACAUUGACUUGGUUGGAAAGUGUGAAAUGGCACGUAGGAAAUACUAAUAGUAAAAACAGUAAUAGCUAAAGUCUACUGAACUCUUACUGUCAGGUACUAUGCUUGGCUCUUCCAAAAAUUAGCUUGUGGAAUCCUCACAAUAGCCAAAUGGAAGUAGGUACUAUGAUGUCCUUUGUUUAACAGGGAAGGUUUCCAGAGAUAAGGUGGCUUGUGUGACCGUGUGCACAGGUUCUCCAGGGUGGAGUCUAAGACAGACCCACUUGAUGUGAUUCUGGAUCCCAUUUUCUUAGCCAUUCAUUACUGUCCAGCCCACUCCAUGAGAGUCCCAUGGAUGUCACAUACAAUAAUGUGCUGUGUGUAGAAUACUUUUGAAGGGGACAGUGUGAGAGAGACUGACAGUGAGAUUCCACGAUCUUUUGUUAAUGGAGAAAUGACCCCCAGCAGGAGGAGGAGUAUGUGGAGGGAGAGGACGAUGCUGAGGUCCAGCAGGAGUGCCUCCACAAGUUUUCCACCCGGGACUACAUAAUGGAGCCCUCCAUCUUCAAUACUCUCAAGAGGUAUUUUCAGGCAGGAGGUUCUCCAGAGAAUGUGAUUCAGCUCUUGUCAGAGAACUACACUGCUGUGGCCCAGACUGUCAACCUGCUGGCCGAGUGGCUCAUCCAGACAGGCGUUGAACCUGUGCAGGUGCAGGAGACCGUGGAGAAUCACUUGAAGAAUUUAUUGAUCAAACAUUUUGACCCCCGCAAGGCAGACUCUAUUUUUACUGAAGAGGGAGAGACCCCAGCUUGGCUUGAACAAAUGAUUGCACAUACCACUUGGAGAGAUCUUUUCUAUAAACUGGCCGAAGCCCAUCCAGACUGUCUGAUGCUUAACUUCACUGUUAAGCUUAUUUCUGACGCAGGGUACCAAGGGGAGAUAACCAGUGUGUCUACAGCGUGCCAGCAGCUGGAGGUCUUCUCUAGAGUACUUCGUACCUCUCUGGCUACAAUUCUGGAUGGAGGAGAAGAAAACCUUGAAAAAAACCUUCCUGAGUUUGCCAAAAUGGUGUGCCAUGGGGAGCACACGUACCUGUUUGCCCAGGCCAUGAUGUCCGUGUUGGCCCAGGAGGAGCAGGGUGGCUCCGCCGUACGCAGGAUUGCCCAGGAGGUCCAGCGCUUUGCCCAGGAGAAAGGCCACGACGCCAGUCAGAUCACGCUAGCACUAGGCACAGCUGCCUCCUACCCCAGGGCUUGCCAGGCCCUUGGGGCUAUGUUGUCCAAAGGAGCCCUGAAUCCAGCUGACAUCACAGUCCUGUUCAAGAUGUUCACAAGCAUGGACCCGCCUCCUGUGGAGCUCAUCCGGGUGCCGGCCUUCCUGGACCUGUUCAUGCAGUCGCUCUUCAAACCUGGUGCCAGGAUCAACCAGGACCACAAGCACAAGUACAUCCACAUCUUGGCGUAUGCGGCCAGCGUGGUGGAGACCUGGAAGAAGAACAAGCGAGUGAGCAUCAACAAAGAUGAGCUGAAGUCGACAGCGAAGGCGGUCGAAACUGUUCACAACUUGUGUUGCAACGAGAACAAGGGGGCCUCGGAGCUGGUGGCCGAGCUGAGCACGCUCUACCAGUGCAUCAGGUUUCCAGUGGUGGCGAUGGGUGUGCUGAAAUGGGUGGACUGGACCGUGUCGGAGCCACGGUACUUCCAGCUGCAGACUGACCACACCCCCGUGCACCUGGCGCUGCUGGAUGAGAUCAGCACCUGCCACCAGCUCCUGCACCCCCAGGUCCUGCAGCUGCUUGUGAAGCUUUUUGAGACAGAGCAUUCCCAGCUGGAUGUGAUGGAGCAGCUGGAGUUGAAGAAGACCCUGUUGGACAGGAUGGUGCACCUGCUGAGUCGAGGUUAUGUACUUCCUGUUGUCAGUUACAUCCGAAAGUGUCUGGAGAAGCUGGACACUGACAUUUCACUCAUUCGCUAUUUUGUAACCGAGGUCCUGGAUGUCAUAGCUCCUCCCUACACCUCUGACUUCGUGCAGCUUUUCCUUCCCAUCUUGGAAAACGACAGCAUCGCAGGCACCAUUAAGACCGAAGGUGAACAUGACCCUGUGACAGAGUUUAUAGCUCACUGCAAGUCCAACUUCAUCCUGGUGAACUGACCACAGCACCUCCAGAGCCGAGGCAGAACAUUCCAGACCAGGGAAAACGCCUUCCAGACCGAAGGCGCUCAGCCAGCACCUUGGAAAGGUGUUCUCAGGGGAGGAGGACUUUUCAGAAAGAAAAACGUUAGCAAGAGAAGCGGGAAACCGCUGUGAGGAGCGGCCCGCGCUCCUUGUCAAGCCUUUCACAGUACCCUCUCCCCAGCAGGGACAGUUCACGUUGCCUCUCAGGGUGGGUGGUGGGAAUUCAGAAGCUGAGACUUCAAUGAACUGCUUGCGAAGCUGACUUAGGUUUUCUCACAAGAACCUGAUUAGUUCUUUCAUUUCAUUGUUCUAAUUUCCCAAGAACAAAUAAAACCCUUCCUGCUGCUGGAAGGCGGAGACCCUG